AAACAAUUGUGUACAAUACACAUGGAAUACAUUUCGCUUCGAAAAGUAAACUGUGAUUUAGUUUGGAAUUCUGGAAAUUUUCGGACAAUAUCAAUAUGAUUUCGAAUGCUCGAAAAACAAUCAAUAAAGAAACACAAGAAGCAAUAAAAAGACUUCUUACAUCAAAUGUUUCAUUACAAUCUAUGUCACCAAGUACGCCAACCAUUCAAUUGGAUCAUAUCUUUUCACAAAUUCUGCAGAAAAAACGCGAAGAACAAUUAGAAGCAUCGAAGCUCAGCAAUAUGUCGAAAUCGAAAUGUGAUUUAUCCAUUGAAUCAAGUGGUUCGGAACAAAAAAGGUUGUGUGACAUUGAAACAAUACCGGUCCAAAGAGCUACCGUCGUGGAAUGUGAAAACAGCAUGAUUUUUGGUAAGGAGAAUAAGACACUAUUGCCGGAUGAUAGUUUUUUGGUGUUAGAGCAGCAGUGCGAUGUGAACGAUAAAAAGGAAGGACUUUUGAAUAUUAAUGAAAAUGAAACAAUUUUGUUUGACAUUGAACCACCUUCUGAUCUAUGGAAUCAAACAGUCAAUCAAACUGCUGAUACUACCGACGCUGAAGACGACAAUUUAGAUAAGACGCAAGAUGAGAAUGCGAACAUCAAUGACAACGCAAAUGAAAUUGAUGAUGAAACAAUUGAAAUAUCGCCCGUCAAGUACAUCGGUCUCAUUCGACCAUCGACAAUCAUCGAAGAGACGUCUUCACAAUUUGAAUCGUCCAGCCAAAACAGCAGCGAAUCUGUUUCAAAAUCAUCACUGCAUAAAACAGCGUCCACGAUCAAUGAAUCUGUGAAUGAUGAACCGAAAAUCACAAGUACAUUGAACAAAAGUGAAUCGAUGGAAGUACGUGCAAUGGAUUUGCAACCAUCCAAUGACGAACGUCAAAAACGUAGAACGUUUGCAUUUAAACGGACAAAUCAUACAUUCUUUCCCGACAUCAACUUGGAUCCAAUCAACGAAUGCGCUGUGUCUGAUGAAGAGGCAAACACUGAAACUCCAAUCAAAAUUUCACAACGUGACAAGCUGAUUUCAACCGAUGUGAACAAUACUGAAGAUGAAAAUAGUUUCAAUAAUACAUUGGAACGGGUUGAUUUUUUCUUGGAAAAAGGAAAACAGAUCAUCGAAGAAGAAACAGCAAAUGCUCAACGCAACCAUCUUCAUCACAGUCUUCUGGAAACUCCAACUUUUUCGUCUAAACGAAAACUAUUGCUCAACGAAAUGGCUUCAUUUGAGAUGUUGCCAUUGGCCAAGCGUGGACCGCUUAUUGACUAUAUUACACCGAACAUUUCGAAACAAAAACGUACCCAUAAAUUUUUCGAUAAAUAGAUAUUUAUCUGGCUAGUCGUUGACAAACAUAUUUUAAACUGAUCCAGUUAUAACAAUUGUACUCUUGAAAGACGUACACGAAUAUUUUUUUAUAAAAUCUUUAAAAAAGAAUCAUUUAUAAUCAAUUGUAUUCCAUCACAAUGUGAUGACUUUAUCAGCUAAUUUUU